UCUAACUGUGUUUCACGGAUUUGAGGAUAAAGGGGAACAUCUAGGGAUUUGUGGGGAUUGUGGGGAUUGGGUGGAUAUCUAGAAAUCUGGGGAGAUUUGAGAGGGACGUGUGGAUUAGGUAUAGCAGAAUCAAGAAAAAUUCUAAAUAUUUCAGAUAUAUAAGGGACUAAGGACCAAAGAGUCGCAAAGGACCAAAAAAGUCGCAAAAUUACUAUGUCAGAUUUAAAAAACAGUCAACAAAAACUAGUCGAACAAUUAAAUGCCAGAAUUGUCCCAAAUGGUUGUUCUCACCCAACUCGAUUGCUUUUAGGCCGUUGUAUUGCAAAACUUUUUUCUGUUGCCGAUGCUUCCCAUCUUUUUGAAACGAUUAAUUUGUGCAAUGAUGCGUUAAAAGAUCCUUCAGUUUUAUUGCAGGUUAAAUUGUAAGUUAAUUUUGGGUACUUAUGUGGGUCUAGGAUGUGACGCAGGGGAGUAGCCAGGAUAUUUUUUUCGGGCGGGGGCAAGGAGGGAGAAUUUUUCUGCGGAGAUUUUUUGAUGCCACGGGCGAAGAUUUUGAGAAAUUUGGAAGGCCUUAAUUUUUCCCCUUUUCACCGCCAUUUCUUUAUGCUCUCAAGUUCUGCCCAACCCUCUGGCUAUGGUUCUGAUGGGAUGAUGACCUUGAUCCUAAACACUGACUUAUUUCGGCCCAAGACUCCGAUUCUAGG